GCUACCAAAGCAGCACAUGCUCUGAGGUGAAAAGCCCCAGCAGAAUUUCCUCAUUUUUGUGGUUUUUCAGCCACAAAUUUGUUUGAGGUUUCUUGCUCUUGAUUUCAAAGCUUUCUGUGAUGCUUCACAUCUCUGCUUUAUGUUGGGUUGGUCUGGUGUUCAGCACUUUUCAGAGAAAAACACCUGCUAUAAAUUUUUUCUGAAGAAAACAACUCCACAGAUCAAACUGCAUCUUUUCCUUGUUUUAAAUGCUUUUUUUUUUUUUAAUUAUUUCAGCAGGGAGAAAACCAGACAAAAUUCAUGCUUUCCUGCUUUUAUCUCUAAGACCAUGGUCUUACAUUUGUAAUUUUUUGGAUAGGAUAGAAGUAGAUUAAAAGAAGGACGAAUAACUGGGUGGUGAAAUAUGAAGAAAUUAAAAAUCAGUGAGUUUUUUUGGUUUUAUUUUUCCAAAGGGGAUUUAAGGGUACCCUGUGAAGUGCUGGAGAAGGGCACAGGGCUGCUGCCCUGAUGCACUCCUGGGUUUGGGGCUCGGCGCAGAAGAAGCUGCCAGGCUGAGGCUCCAGGUGCUGCUGUGGCAGAGGCUGUUUGGCAGCUGCUGGUGAGAGAUCUGCACAGAGAGGGGCAAGGACUUCCUGAGGUGAAGCCAGCCCUGCCACCAAGAGGUGACAGCAAGUGGAAAGGGGGAGCUGGCACAAAACCCCUCCGUCACCGAGGCCGCCACCAUGGCCCGGCCAUGGCUCCAUCUCUGCAUCUGCCUCCAGAUCCCAGGCUUUUAUACAACUCUACUUUUAACCCAAAUUCCAAGGCAUAUUCUAACCCAAACUAACAAUAAAACUGAAAUCCUCUGUGAGCUGAAGAAGGAGCACACCGGGGUGUACUGGUACCGCUGGAGCCAGGAGAGGCAACAUUUCGAGUUCUUGUUAUUUUCCAACACACUGGGCAAAGCCACAUACGGCCCAAAUGUGAAGCAGGACAAGUUUAGUGUCCAUGAGGCGAGGUCCCACAGCUCCUACAGCCUGCACAUCAGCCACCUGCAUCCCUCAGACAGCGGCACCUACUACUGCUCCAUCUCCCAGUCCUCCCAGCUCCUCCUGGGCAGCGGGACACAGCUCACAGUGGUGGAUGCUUUGCCUCCAAAGACCACCCAGACACCGGUGUCCAAAAAGCCAGUGCCACGGAUAACCAAAGGCAGAGCUGCCAGCAGGGAAGGUCCCUGCAGCCCCCUGGUCUGGAUCCCACUGGCCGCUGCUGUCCUGCUGCUCCUGCUGAGCCUGGUCCUCACCACCCACCGCCUGUACCGUGAGUGCCCUGCCAGCAUCCCAGGGGUGCCAGGCCCUGGCACAGCCCAGGAGGGCAUGGAGAGCCAGGAGGGGCUCCUGGCACUGAUGGACACUUUCUCUUGUCUCUUCCCAGGUCUGCGGCGGAGGCUGUGGCUUCGCAUCCACGGGCAGUAAAUCCCAGUAAAUCCCAGUAAAUCCCAGUAAAUCCCAGUAAAUCCUGCUACCCCCCUGCCUCAGACAGGCAGGGAGAAGCCACAGACUUCUCUGCACAAAGCGGAGCACUGCCUGGACAUGACCCAGGAAGGACCUGGCAGGGGACAGAUGUGGGUUUGUUACCACAAAAGUGACAUUUCUUUCAUGCAUGACUUCAACAUUCUCCUGGACACAGCAGCUGGCAAAAGGACCAAGCUGGAUUCUGCAGCAUCCUGAGCACUCCCCAAAGGACACUGAGCAGGGCAAAUGCCACAGCUGGCUCUGCACAGGGGGAAAGGGGCAGGUACCAAAGGGAUUCAGACGGGCUGGAAAGCUGUGAGCUCCUUGGCUCUCCUCUGUGUUCAUCUGUAGGACAGCACAGAGGUGUUUUUUUGCUCCUGUUAAUACUGAUUGAUAAAAAUUUGGUAAUCAACACCUUGAGAGCAACCAGCAGGAACGGGGCAGAGG